AUGGCGAAAGUCCACUCGCUCAUCGCCUCGGCCACGCGGAAGGGCGAGAAGAAGCGCAAGCACCCAUCUUCCGUCUCUUCACCGCCGACAAUCGGUCAGGACGAGACGAGGUUGCAGUUGGAUGACAUACUUUCCUCCCUCCCCGGGUCGACGAAGAAGCACACCGCAAUCGAGCAUGACAGCACAGGGAGGGAGGAGAAGAAAGCCAAGAAAGCGGUUGAAGGCAGCGCAAAGGGAGGGGAGGUGAGCGCGCUUGAUCUGCUUCUUGGCACGGGCGGCGCGGUUUCCAAGAAGGAGGUGGCGAAGAAGGGUGGGAUGAACGAGCUGGGCGAAACUUCGACAUCAAGCAGCAGCAGCGGCAUGCCGAAGGUGGCGAGCAGUAUCACCGACACAAAGAAGCGCAAGACCCAGCCCGACGCUCACAGACGCACCACCCUUCCAUCAAACGCUUCCUCCUCAACCAAGCCCAUGCGCUCAGCUGAUGCAACUUCCAUCUCCACCCCAGCCGUCGGCACCUCCUCCGCUACACCACUUGGCACCCCCGCAUCCCCAUCUUCAAGCCACAUUCGACCCCCCAUCGAAGCUGCUCACACCCUGAAAGCGCUCAAACAGCCCCUCCGGCUGCUCAUCAGCACACUGCAAACGCUCGAAUCGGAGCAGACGCUCGUCGAUCGGAUGUGGUACAAGAAUCGGGCGCAGUUCCGGUCUGCCUUGUGGUGGGUCGGUUACGAUGGGGUGCGGAGGUCGCUUCGACGGCUGCUUCCUUCCAGUUCUGGUGCGGAAUCGGGGAGUAGGGGGGGAGAUGGGGAGGGGAGGGGGGGAAAGGGCGUGCUGCGGGGGUUGGUGCGGGUCUACGCGGGCCUGGGAGGGGUCGAUGUUCAGGGUGGGCAGGGAUGGGUGACGAUUCCGAAGUUCGAUACGCGCCCCACAGCAGACAGUAUACACGCCUACCUCAGCACGAACGAGGACGACGUUCGUCAGGCACUCUACCAGCUCGCAAUGCUCGAACGCCUGCUUCACGUGGUGCGAGUCAGAGCAGAGACAGCAGGAAGCGUGAUGGUCACGCAUCUCAACACGCCACCCGCCCCAACGUUUGCUCCGGUGGUGACGGGACUCUUGGCGUUGGUGGCCGGCGUGCAUGCCGAGGUGGAGAGGUGUGUCGCGCCGGGUGGGGCCACAGGGGAGAUUGGGAGGGUCUUGCGCGGGUUGCUGGGUCAAGGCCCUGAUGAGGGAAAGGGCGGGGUUGGACGGUGA